AGGGGUGAGUCCAGCACGUCCUCGCCUGGGAGGAGGAUUGGGCCGCUGAGGUUCGGGAGGCCGCGCUGGGCCCGUUUGGCGGGGCGUCCGAGCGGGUCGGAGAGUUCAGUCAUGUUUGCAGACGCGGUGAAGCGCGCCUUGCGCAAGAACAAGACCCUUCGCUACGGAGUCCCCAUGUUGUUGCUGAUUGUUGGAGGUUCUUUUGGUCUUCGUGAGUUUUCACAAAUCCGUUAUGAUGCUGUGAAGAUUAAAAUUGAUCCUGAAUUAGAAAAGAAACUGAAAAUGAAUAAAGUAUCAUUGGAAUCAGAGUAUGAGAAAAUAAAGGACUCCGCUUUUGAUGACUGGAAGAAUAUUCGAGGACCCAGGCCUUGGGAAGAUCCUGAUCUCCUCCAAGGACGAAAUCCAGAAAUCCUUAAGACUAAAACAACUUGACUAUGCUGAGUCUUUCUUUUUUUUAAAUAAAAAUAUUAUCAACUGGAAUUCUCAUUUCUGCUCCUAUCCAGUGGGAAAAAAAUUUCAGACCUGCAGAAGCCUGGACGUGAGUAAUUCAGUGGUAGAUGAUCUUGAUAAAAAGUCAAGUAGAGGUUUUUAUACUUCCCAACUCUGCCAUUUGCAAAUGAAAGUAACAAUGUUGACUACAUAUAUUUUAUACUGCUGAAUAAAAAUGUGAAU